GUGUUGGUGGAUGUGAGCGUGCUGGCGCGCUGCCUCUCCGCGCAUGCGCAGAUUAUUAUCACCCCUCCCCCCUCCUCUCCCGUAGUUAAGCCAGCACUAUUCUAAAUCUUCCCUAUCCUUGGUUAAAAAAAAAUAAAAAAAACAGCACCUAGCCCCGGAGCGGCCUCUAAAUGCUGCGUUUAAAACGCGCCUCUCUGUCUAUGAGGGAAACCCUCCUACAGCUGCUGUCCUCUCCAUCUAAAGCAGCCCAAUGAGCUGCCUCCUGCUGCUGUGCUUGGUUUGGGGUUUACACAGACCGAGCUGAAAGUAGGUCGGGCUGGGCUUAAGCGGCUUAACUACGUCAGCCUAAGCUGAGAGGAAUUCAUCCAAAGCCCUCUGCUGGUAGGCGGGGGCCUAAAUGAGGCUGGCCUAGUUAAGCCUGAUUCUUAUUGUGAGAAGCAGAGCCAGUUUUUAUUGUGCAACGUAGCUGUGAGAGAGAACCCAGGACCAGAUUGUGAAUCCAUGCCCUUGUUAGGCAAAAGCUUAGGGUUAAUUCUUUUUUUCUUUAAGCAGAAGAGAAGGGAAUUGAGACAUGAAUGAGUGUUAGGCCAGUGUGUGAUUGGGGGACCAAGGGGGAAAGGACAAGUCCAGCAGAGUGGGGAGCCACAGUUCUGAGGUUGGUCUCAGAAAGAGGGAAGACAUUUUUUUUUCUGAAGGCCAGAUUUGGUCCAUCUCAGUCUGCUAUGCUGUAAGAUGGCCUCCAACUCCGUGUUCAUAUCCAGCAUGGUGGGUAAAGCUCGCUCUUCCAACUUCACCCUCUCUGAGAAGCUGGACCUGUUAAAGCUGGUCCGGCCUCACAUCCGCAUCCUGGAGGAGCACACCAACAAGCACGCCGUCAUCGUGGACAAGAACAAGUGCUGGGACAACGUGGCUGAGCAGUACAAUGCUUUGGGAGGGGACAGACCCCUCCGCACCGCCCAGGGCCUCAGGACCCUCUACAAGAGGCUGAAGGAGUCAGCCAAGCAGGAAGUGAUGCAGCGGAGACACGCCCAGCCCGAGUAUAGAGGCAGCAUCUCUGAGCCGACCAGGAGGAUUAUGGAGAUGAUCCCUCACUUGUUUCACCAUGUGCCCAUCCAUGAAAAGGACCAGGCACUGCGCAGGUUGAUAUAUAACAAGCACACUUCUGUUGAGCAUCCUGGCAGCAGCUCCUCUCUGGCUGGACUCCAGGAUUAUUCAGCACCUGUACCAAGUAUUACGCAUGAGGUGGUCCAGCUCGACCCUGAAGAGGAUGUGAAACCCCCGCCGGACCUCCCCGUCGUCACCCCGCACUCGGGUCCAUUGUUGGAUGGAUUUCAAGAGCAAGAGACGGAGCAGGACCUGGCAAGCACCCACAAUUACGAGGCAUCCCUGUCUCCCACUUCUUCCUCUGUUAACAUUGCGCUCUCUGCCUCGCCAAUGCCCUUGAGCCAGGACUUCUACGCUAACGACGUCUACCCUCGCCACGAGGCGGAUAGGUUUCGCCCUCUGCACCUGGCCAAAGAGGAGCACGAGCUGGUGUUGGCCAAUCACAGGAAGGUUGCUCUGUACCUAGAGGAGAAGAGAGAAGGUCUGAAGAGGAAGCAGGAGCUGGAGGAGGAGCUUUUAAGAGCCAAAAUCAAGGUGGAGAAACUAAAAGCUGCCCGGCUGAGACACGGGCUGCCAAUACCUCUAUAACAAGUAGCUACAUGCACUCAUUGAGCUUUGGAAAUAUGUUCUCACCCUUCGAACCCCCCCCCUUCCUCCCCAGUUCUAUAAUCUUCACUGGAUUUUAUUGUGACAUUAUGGGAUUAACACAAAGUAGUAUUAAAAAACAAAACAUGAUCAAAACUUCAACGUAUGUUUAAAUUGAAUCUUUACUCUGAUAGUCGCCAAUCCACUCAGUUUCACGUUGUUCAAUCUUCCCUUAAAAUACACUUAACCUAGAGGAUGUAACAUGACUAAAUGUAAAAAAAAAAAAAAAAAAAAGUUAUUUUAGUCUAAAUGUUUUAGCCAGAUGCUGAAUGUGUGCGGCAGGGUUUGAAUACUUUCGAUGAAAGCUUGAAGGCGUUUUGGAAACGUAGUGCCUCAUACAUUCCCACAACCCCUGGUUCUCCUUCUACCCCAGCAGGUUAAUCAGCCACCAGUUUACCAGUGAUGCUCAUCAGUGUUCAAACGCCGUUAUUGUUAACCUGUAAACGUGGCGACAAGACUUGAUAUCUUUCACGCUGUGAUUGCAUGAAGGGGAAAAGUAUUUCUUCCUCUGCAACUGAAAUGUAGCUUUUUGGGUUUUUCUAUGGAUAGUGUUCAGUUUUUAUUAUCCAAGGUUAGGAUUGCAGUAAGAAUAUAAGUGCUAGUAGUAAAACCAUCUGUACUAAUAUUAGUUGGAAAUAAAGAAAAUGACAGGCCCUGUUCAUGUGGCGUUUGAGCAAAAUAUGAAGGAACAUAAAAGGGGCUUAUUUUGUAGCUACUUGGAAAACUUGUAUUGCUUUGAAAAAAUGUAUUUUUUUUAUUAUAAUUGUUUCGUAAGAUACACUUGGAAAAGCCUUAACAUGGUCUGAUAUUAAAAUAAGUUAAAGAAAAAACAACAGUCUGAGAUAACGGCUGUUUUUUUGUUUUUUUAGAAAAGGGAUAAGUGUGUUUUUAUAUAUGUUCCACUUUAAUGUGAAUUUGUUGCUGGUUGUCUUGUAAUGUUUGCAUUGAAGUUUGUCCUCAUGUUCAUUGGUUGUUUUUAUUAAAGGGCAUUGAUCUCUU